AUGAAGACCAAGUACGAAUGGGGCCGAAUGGUAAUUAAGGACAAAAGAAUGAACAAGCCACAAAAAGAGAACAAAUCAUUGAAAAGUGUUUUGGAAACCACAGAGGUUGACUCCCUGGUUGAAGCCGCAGAAAUAAUUGAGUACGACUUUUCGCAGAACACGUCAAUAAAAGCGCUUACAAUGGUGGAGGGAAAAGAGGGAAUCAAAAUACCCCAGAAACCAAGAGAGACGGUUGACAGAGAAGAUUACAAGAAUGAAGAAAGAAAGGCGUUUAACCAAUGGAAGCUAAAUAUGAAUGCACUUUUAAACAACAAAGGAUCAAUUACGCCGUAUGAAAGAAACAUUAAUGUAUGGCGGCAGCUUUGGUUUACAGUAGAACAGAAUGAUUUGAUUGUACAAAUUGUUGAUGCAAGGAAUCCUUUGCUAUUUUACACCGAGGAUAUAGUUAAGAUUGCGCCAACUAAAAAACAUUAUCUUCUUCUAAACAAAUCUGAUCUGCUAACAGACAAGCAGAAGAGCAUGUGGAGCGAGUAUUUUACAGAGAAGCGCAUAGAGCACUUUUUCUACUCGGCGGUGGAGGACCGGUCAGAUGAGCUUCUUCGUGUGUGGGAUUCUCUAUUAAAAGACGGUGUGAAGAAGAUAGGAAUGAUUGGGUAUCCGAACGUCGGUAAAAGUUCUACAAUCAACUCUCUGUUUAAAAAACAGGUGGUAAAAACCAGCAUUGUUCCCGGAAAGACAAAGAACGUGCAGACACUGCAGUUGGACUCAAUGGUUAUAUGUGACUGCCCAGGAUUGGUCUUCCCCACGUUUGUAGCGGAAAAGCAAGACCUGCUUCUUAAUGGAAUUCUUUCGCUUGACCACACCAGGGACAUAAAAGACUGUAUUAAAGCUAAUAGUUGAAAGAAUAGGAAUAAGAAAGCUCUGCUAUCUUACAAAGAUAAUUGAGUUUGUAAAUGACUCCAGACGAACAAUUGAAGAAAAUUACUUAUAUUAUCUUAAGAAAGCAACAGGGUGUGCAGAAGAAGGAAAGCUUAUUAAGAUGGUAAUAAAGGAAUACAUCAAGGGAACAAUUAAAUAUGUUCAUCCAGUGCCAGGAAACGAUCCAUUUUCAUUUAAUGAGCACAACCACACUGUACCAGACAACUACAUUAUAGAUUCAGAAGUCAACUACGAUUGGUAUAAAAAUGAGAAAAAGGAACAGAAAAAAGAAGAAGAGAGCAAAAAAACAAAAGAAGAGCUCUUAUACACAAAAAAGCACUACUUAAAGAAAGGACUGGAAAGAGUAUUUAAAACAAAGAGAUAGCCACUUAGAUAACCCAAAUAAAUUAUUAUAAAACCAAU